GGAGAGCGCUGCCCGGGGCCCGGCGGUGGAGCCCGGUGGCCUGGAGCCGCUCAGCUGCGGUGUCACCUCGUCUCUGGGGUGCGCGGGGUGACCGGGGUUUGUGACGAGGAACAUCGCUCCCUUGGAUGAUUGAAACGCUUGUAACUACUGAAGCUCAGGAGCUGCUGGACCAGCUCACAGCCCUCUUGGAACAGGAGUUAAGAUGUCAGCCAAAGGCCUCUGGCCUAAGGCUGAUCGAAUCUGCUCAUGAUAAUGGCCUCCGGAUGACUGCAAGGCUUCGAGACUUUGAAGUGAAAGACCUUCUCAGCUUAACUCAGUUCUUUGGCUUCCAUACAGAGACUUUUUCACUAGCUGUGAAUUUCUUAGACAGAUUCUUGUCAAAAAUGAAGGUACAGCCUAAACACUUGGGCUGUGUUGGACUCAGCUGCUUCUACUUGGCUGUGAAGGCAUCAGAAGAAGAGAGAAAUGUUCCUCUAGCCACUGAUUUAAUUCGAAUAAGCCAGUACAGAUUCACUGUUUCUGAUAUGAUGAGAAUGGAGAAAAUCGUAUUGGAGAAGCUGUGUUGGAAAGUCAAAGCUACAACAGCCUUCCAGUUUCUACAACUGUAUCACUCGCUCAUUCAUGAGAAUUUAAGCUGUGAAAGGAGAAAAUACCUUAAUUUUGAGAGACUUGAGACCCAGCUUAAGGCAUGUCACUGCAGAAUCAUGUUUUCUAAAGCCAAGCCUUCUGUCUUGGCACUGUCUAUUAUGGCUCUAGAGAUAGAAGAACAAAAACUGCUGGAGUUGACAGAGGCAUUGGAAUUUCUGCAGUUGCAUUCCAAGAUAAACAACAGAGAUUUGAUCUUCUGGAAGGAGCUGGUGCUAAAGUGCCUUACAGAAUAUUCUUCGAGCAAGUGUUCCAAGCCAAAUGUCCAGAAAUUAAAAUGGAUUGUGUCUGGACGUACAGCACGGCAGCUUAAACAUAGCUACUACAGAAUAACACAUCUUCCUACAAUUCCAGAGACCAGCUCAUAAUAGGAAUACAGUAAAAUGAGGAGAGAACUAUGCUGUGACCUUGUCAACAGACACGUGAAUAUUUAAGAAAUGAAGUCUGAAACUUGACCUUAAUAAAGGAGAACUCAACUCAUGGAAAGACUACGUAGCAUCUCAGACUAAGGAUCGUUCCAGCAAAUAUGUUCUUUUCAUGAUGAUUACAACAAUAUUCAAUGUCAGUUUUCAGUCUUAUUUGUUAGACUGUUUAGUGAAAUACCACAAUACUGAUACAUAGAAUUUUAACACCUUACAGUUUGCAGAGCAGCUAGUGUAGUCUAACUUUGGUUUACUGUAACUGCAGGUACUGAAUUAUGUAUUUAAUUUUAAAAAUCUGGUUCCAAAGAUUACAUGACACUAGCAUAGUGCUGCAGUGUCUUAAACUAAAGACUAAUCCUGCUCAAUACUGAUGAUGGUGGCAAAUGCCUGUUGGUCCACCUAACUAGUUGUUUAGGCAGUGUCACAUGGUCCAUAUGUUCCUACUGUGCAGGACACUGGCCUUCUACGAUUGACACAUUAAAAACUAGGCCAUGUGAUACCUGCCAAAUAUGUCAAGUAGCUAUAGCAGGAAAAAGAGUUCAUCGCCUUAUAAAAGGGUAGUCACUAACCCCAGUAUCAUUAACUUCAGUAUUUUGUAAGAAGGGUAGCUUACUGAGAUUAGGAACUAUAUCAUAGAGUGUAAAAGCUUUGUGAUACUUGAUAAAGGCUGAGGGAGAGUACUGGGUCGCCUGCCCUAAAUCUGACAUCAGUUUUCCAGAGUUUCACUGUACAAGAGGUAAAUGCUGAUGCUUAACAGGUACAUUUUUACAGGCAGGGCUAAUGCCCUAUCUUGACCUGUACAUAGGAGGAAUUGAGAAACAAUGAAGAUGAAACUCUGAUCUCUGUAAUAAUGAGCUGCUUAAAAUACAACUGUGUUUUUCUGAAGACCAGAUCAGUACUUGAAGUGUAUCAUGGUUUUAAUGCUAACAAGGAAGUGAAUAAUAAUGUAUUACUGUAUGUAAGAUGAACAGAGAGGUUGAGGGAAUGUUGCUAAUGACCUCUCAAAUGCUACAUCACAGUGGAGCAGAGGCUGUUAGCGAUGGGCCGUUAGGAAUGGAUUGUCAUAUGAACUGACUUAGUGGAGAAGAAGAGAUCAGAAUGUUCUGAAUUUGGAGUGGUUUUACGUGUUAGCCAGGCAACCCUUCCCUUUUUAUGCUGAGGGGGAAAACAUUCUUUUGAUAUCUCAAACUAGUUAAGCCUUUCACAGAAGACUUCAUACCAAAGCUCUGUAUUGGACAAAUCAAACCUUCUCAUGAACUCAUGGGUGAUUGCACCACAUAACAUGUAAUUGGGUUUUGCAACUGCCCGUACUAUUGUGCUGGCCUGUGAAAAGCAUACAACUGAUUUGGACAAAGGUGUGGUCAGUCUACGGGGAGAGAUGGUGAAGAUGCGGUGUGCAAUUCUAAUUGUCAUGUCUCAGUAUUAAAAUACGGACCUUUCAAUUAAACAUUGAAACGUG